GAAACCUGAGAGUUGCUAAGAAUAGCUUCACACUUCCAUCUAGUCAGAUCUGGUACUUCUGCGUCAGUAUUUUCAGCAUUCGUACAGCCUUAUUUUGUACAGCUGUUGGGGAGAAUCAAAGCUUAUUUUGGGGGGAAGCUAAUGCCAAACAGGGCAGCAUUCGCUUCACUUUUCUAGGAGGUGUUCCAGUCUACUGCUGCUUUAGGGUAGCCGCCAGCUUCACUUGACGUGUCCGGCAGCAAAUGAGAAUUGCAGUGCUGUGGGUUGGGAAUGUAAUCAAGAGCUCAGCUCCUCGGUCCUGACAUUCUGCAGUUCCAGUGACGGUUCUUCAUUUCAGCCCAUCAAAACCCAAGUGGCCAUCCCUACAGCUCAUGUCAUGCCUUCCAUGCUAGAUAGGUCUUCUUGUACAGUGGGUGAAUCAAGCGUGCUUCGGACCACCCUGACUUCCUCUCUGCCAGUCUCUUCAAGUAGCACAGGAGGGCUGAUGUCCAACCAUGACCCUGAUACUCUGAGGCACUCCCAGGUGUUUCACAGGAAUCCUGUUCAUCUUUAUCAAACUUCAGUGGAAAAUGGCUGUAAUCAAUCCUCUUUCCUUACUGCUGACCAAACAAGUGUGGAAUGUGCUCAGAAACCUAUUAGAUUGGCUGCUGAACUCACAUUUAACCAAUCUCUUCUGGAUAAGCAGUCUGCUGGUCCUUGGUCACAGCUUCAAAUGUGUAAUUCAGAUACUGCUGUUACUGGCCUAGAAAAAGACCCAUGCAAAGUGCUGCUAGAUGUUAAACCAGCAACAGAAGCCAACAGAGUCUGUGAAAAGCAGGUACCCUUGGGGCUUAAUCCUGCUACUAUGUACCCCAGCCCAACAGCUGCUCAGUCUCAGCUGUGGAAGCAGGAAACUUGCACACUACAUCAGCAUGAGAAUUGUGCGCUUAGUGCCUGGAAUCAGCACUUGGACCGUGUUCGGCUGCAAUUGGAGCAGAUUCAGCUGCAAAACAAAGCUCCUUGCUACCAUCCCUUGGGGAGCAGUACUUCACUGCACACUAUUGAUCCAGCCCAGUGGGUUGGUAUUGUAAAUUCAAAUGAGAACCUGCUCAGGGAGAAAGAAAUCCUCAUUGACAGGCAAAGGCAACACAUCUCACAGCUGGAGCAGAAAGUACGAGAAAGUGAGCUGCAAGUCCACAAUGCCCUCCUGAGCCAUCCUGCUGCUUAUGGGGACUUGUAUCUGCUCAGACUGCAGGAAAUGCAGCGGGAGAACAUAUUCUUACGAGCUCAAUUUACUGAAAAAACAGAAUCUCUUACUAAGGAAAAGAUUGAAUUGGAGAGGAAACUGGCUGCUUUAGAAGCAAGUGUAAAACAGAUCCAGGAGGCCCAUAAGGAGACUACACAGAAGCAUACAGUGGAGCUGAAGAAACAAGAUGAAAGGGUAAAGGCAAGAGAUAAACACAUUGAGCACCUGAAAAAGAAGUGCCAAAAAGAAUUUGAGCAGAACCGUGAGAAACAGCAGAGAAUUGAGACUCUGGAGCGUUAUGUUGCUGACCUUCCAAUGUUGGAAGAUCAUAAGAAACUCCACCAUCAGUUAAAAGAAUCUCAGCAGGCAACUACAACUUUGCAGGAAUCAGUGACCACGCUUGAGAAAGAGCUUGCAGAUGUUCGUGCCAAUUGUAGAGAGAAGGAGCUGCAUCUAGAAAUGCAGAAAUACAAAGAAAUGGAACUGCUUUCUACCGUGCGCAGUUUACAAGAUAAAAUGCAGCGUGGGAAGAAUUCAGCAACAGAAGAUACUGCCCAGGAGUUGGAGAAAGAGAAACAAGAAAAAGAUUCUCUGCAAAAAGAAUGUGAUCUCCUUAGGAAGAUUGUGGAUAAUCAGAAGAAGAAGAUGAAUCAGUUAUCUUCAGAAGUAAAGGAUCUAGAGAAUCGGAUUGGUCAGGAGGAAGACACAGGUCAGGCUCUCAAAGUGGAAGCACUGAGGCAGGAGAAUGUAAUGCAACAACUGCGCAUAGCUGUGAAAGAGCUUUCUGUACAGAACCAGGAACUGAUGGAAAAAAAUCUGACUCUUCAGGAGCACCUCCGGCAGAUUGAGCCGGGUCAGCUACUGUCUGAUGAAACAGCCCACCUUAUUCAAGAGCUGCAUAGAGAGCUAGCCAGCUGCUUGCAGGACUUGCAGUCUGUCUAUAGCGUUGUAACUCAAAGGGCUCAAGGAAAGGAUCCCAACUUGUCUUUAUUGUUGGGGAUUUGCACUGUGCACUGUUCGGUUAAAGAAAAGGAUGACUUACAGAAACCGGGCAUGAUAGCAAAGAAGCUGGAGGAUGUAAAACAAUUGCGCAAAGAGAUUGAAGAUUUACGGACUGCUAUUUCUGACAGAUAUGCACAGGAUAUGGGGGAUAACUGUAUCACACAAUGAAUGCAAAAUGAUGGGACCCAAAGACUAAGAUUCCACAUCAAUGAAAGCUGCUAUAGGGUGGGAUUUUCCAAAGCUCCUUCAAUAUAUUACUUCCGAUUUGAUGCCAAGUAGAGCAUGUUUCCCGCACCAAGAAAUCGAAGUGUUUCUCUUGCCAGGAACGUUCUUUGAAGAAAAUGUCUGUGUUUGGCACACACCUCCCUUUUAUUUGCGAUUGGUUUAGAUUUUGGGCAGGCUACCAAAUAGCUGGUCCUUCCAACUGUGAGUUCUCAGCAGUGACAUAAAUUGUAGUUCCAGGGCUAGUUCAUGCUUGCAAUCACAUGCCAGUAAAUGCACCCUCUCUUCAGCUUGUAGCCUGCAAUUUCAUGAGGAAGUAUGUGAAUGGAGUAGUACAUGGUUACAGCUGACAAUCAUUUCUGUGAUUUUUGCAGCAGCACUUUUUCUAUAUACCACAGUCAUAGGAAUCAAUGUGGCUAUACCUGUGUACUUCAGCUUAUGCAAGAAAAUAUUAGUGUAAUUGUGGACAUGCACAAGGCUGAGGAGUGACUAUGUCAGUGUAUGUAUAGAAACAUUUAAAUUGGUCUGGAUAAAGAUGUUCUGAAAUUCUGAACUGUUCUGAUUUAGAAAGGACCCCCAAAGAAGCAGGAGUACAAUGUUGGGAGUUCUAAAAAGCCUUGAUGCAUUUACCCUCAAAAGCCUUAUAAGUACAGCUGCUUCCAAGGAGUCUGGUCUUAAAAACCUUUAUUAGUUCUCCACAUGUCUAACUGGGGCAGGGAGGCUAUAACCUACAUCAGUAAAAUGGCCUUUCACAGUGCCUGUUUUAAUAUGUUCCAUUUCAAAUGCACCUUUUAAACUGUUUUUGUAUGUCUCUGUUCUUUACGCAAGUACUAAUUAUAUAUUCCAAAGUGUGGAUUUUCAUACUCGUGUGCCUUAAUUCCUAGAAAUAAACUAUCUGAGAUCAGCUGCAUUCUAACAGGUG